AUGGAUGAAGAAAAAACUCAACAAAAAAGUUUGACUAAUAAUGCUGAAGGAUUGAAGCUGGUCAUAAAUGAAAAACUAGAUCCGCCUCAAGUCGUGGUUAAGGAAAUGGAGAGUAGUAAUGAUAAGAAAACAACUGGUACUUCGGUAAACGAACAAACUACAUCAAAUGCGGUUGUUACGAAACAAGAAGCAUCAGCGGAUCCAAGACCCUUGGGUUCUCCAACAGAUGAUUGGUUAAAACCUUCUCCGAAAUCUCUUAUCCAUAAUUCAGAAGAAAACAAAUCCAAUGAUCAAUUGCUUGAAACACAAGAUGGUCGUGAAGAAGAUGGUCGUAUGGGUCAACGCUAUGUUCAAGAAGAUGAUGGUGCUGGUGAAGGUCAUAUUCAAGAAGACGGUCCUAUGAAUCAAGACCGUGCUCAAAAAGAUGGUUCUAAUGUUCAAGAGUAUGAUCUCGUGGAUCCAAACCAUGGUCAAAACCAUGUUCAAGAAUAUGUUCCUUUGGGUCAAGGUCAUGUUCAGGAAAAUGACAAUGCUAAAAGAGAUGAUUCUAUGGAUCAAGAGCAUGUUAAGGAAGGUGAUUCUCAAGACCACGCUAUAAAAGAUGGUCUUGCAGGACAAAAGCAUAUUCAAAAAGAUGAUAGUAAGAGCGAAGACCAUGUUAAAAAAGAUGGUUUUAACGGUCAAGAACAUGCUGAAAAAGAUGAUGAUUUGGCUCAAGGUCAAGUAGAAGAAGAUAACCGCUUCGAUAAAGGUGUUGUUCAAGAAGUUGGUUCUAGUGAGCACCAUGUUCAAGAUGAUGGCCUUACAGGUAAAGAACACGUUCAUACGGGCCAAAUUCAUGUUCAAGAAGAUGGUCCCACGGGUCAAGAGUAUAUUCAACAAGAUAGCCUCAUCGGUCAAAACCAUACGGAACAAGAUAAUCCUAUGAGUCAAGACCAUAGUCGAGAAGAUGGUCCCUCAAUUCAAGAUCAUGUUCAAAAAGAUGGUCAUGUGGGUCAAGACCUUAAUAAAAAAGAUGGUCCAAUGGAUCCAGACCAUGUUCAAAAAGAUGGGCAUACAGACCAUGCUCAAAAAGUUGGGCAUACGGGUCCAGACAAUGUUCAAAAGGACGGCCUUAUAGGUCAAGUCCAUGCUCAAGAAGAUCUUCAUACAAAUCGUGCUCUACAAAAUGGUCCUACGAAUCAAGAAUCACCUUCUGGACUUACAAAUGGUCAAUCAGACAAUCAUGAAGUGAAAUCCAGUAAUUGGAAGUUGGUGAAAGCUGCUACGGACAAAUCAAGCUAUAGAAUAGGAGAUAUAGAUACCACUGCACCGUUUGAAUCUGUUAAAGCAGCUGUUUCCAUGUUUGGUGGCAUUGUUGAUUGGAAAGCCCACAAGAUUAAAACAGAAGAGAGGCGCAAGUAUAUAACGCAAGAACUUAGAAAAGCUAAUGAAGAGAUCCCAUUGCUAAAGAAAAAGGCACAGGCUGCAGAAGAAUCCAAAGAUCAGGUGUUAAAAGAGUUAGACAACACCAAAAGACUCCUAGAAGAAUUGAAGUUAAAUUUAGAGAGAGCAGAAACAGAAGAAUGUCAAGCAAAACAAGAUGCUGAGCUUGCAAAACUAAGAGUUGAAGAAAUGGAGCAAGGUAUAGAAGAUGAUGUUAGUGUAGCUGCCAAAACACAAUUAGAAGUUGCACAGGCUCGUCAUCAAGGAGCAGUUUUGGAAAUAAAAAAGGUUAAAGAAGAACUUGAAAAUCUCCAAAGAGAUUACAAAUUAUUACUAACAGAAAAAGAUUUAGCUAUAAAGAAUGCUAAAGAGGCUGUUUCCAGUUCAAAAGAUAUUGAGAAAACAGUUGAAAAUUUAACUAUCAAGCUGAUAACAACUAAAGAAGAAUUAGAAUCGGCCCAUGCUUCUCAUUUGGAAGCAGAGGAAUAUAGACUCGGAGUACUUAUGGCACAAGAACAAGAUGAACUGAAUUGGGACAAAGAGUUGAAAGAAUCAGAAGAAGAAUUUGAAAAAAUUAACAAACAAAUUAUUGAAGCCGAAAGUUUAAAGUCAAAGCUUGACACUGCUACGGUAACACUUCGAGGUUUAAAAGUUGAAUUAGCAACUUAUAUGGAAGAAAAUCAUAAAGAUACACAAGCAGCAGUUGAUGCAGCAAAGAAGGACCUUGAAGAAGUGAACAAAAACAUCAUAAUCGUAACUGGUGAAGUCAAAAACUUGCAAGUAACCGCAACUUCAUUAAAUGCAGAGCUGGAAAAAGAGAAAGAACAACUCAUUUCUAUUAAGAAAAGGGAAGAUAUGGCAGCGAUGGCAAGCGAGUCAGUUGAAGCUGACUUAAAGCGAACAAUUUCAGAAGUUGAAUCUAUACAAACAAAAGAGAAAGAAGCACGGGAAAAAAGCUUGGAACUUCCAAAACAACUUCAAAAGGCAGCCGAGGAGGCUGAUCACGCUAAAUUACGUGCCCAAAAAGCUCACGAGGAACUAGAAAAAGCAAAAGAAGCAGCAAACCAAGCAAAAAUUGAAGAAAACGCUAUGCUUAGUAAACUAAAUGCUGCUUUGAAGGAGAUAGAUUCAACACGAGCAUCAGAAAGAUUGGCUUUAGGAGCAAUAAGUGCUCUUCAUGAAAGUGAGUCUGCUAGAAGCAAUUUCAGCGAGCCAGAAUCAAGUGUUACACUUUCUUUAGAGGAGUACUAUGAUUUAAGCCGAAAAGCUAAGGAAGCUGAGGAUCAAGCUAAUAGUCGAGUAUCUGAAGCUAUUUGCCAAAUAGAUUUAGCAAAAGAAUCUGAAUUGAAAGCUAUAAACAAGUUGGAACAAGUUAAUUCUGAUUUAGCUUCAAAAAAGGAACAACUUUUACUCACAAUGGAGAAAGCAGAGAAAGCAAAAGAAGAAAAGAAUGCAGCCGAGCAGGAGCUUAAAACGUGGAGAUCUAAACACGAGCAAAAACGGAAAACCAAGGAAGGUGGUGGGCAUAAAAGUGGUAAAGAAGACAAAGCUUCCGAUAGUUAUAGGUCCGACAUGAAGACUGAAAGCAAUAACAAUGGGAUUGGAACUUCAAAGUCUCGAAAGAAAAAGAAGCGAUCAUUUUUCCCAAGAUUUCUCAUGUUUUUCACGAGGAAGAAGCAUUCAAGCAAGAAUAAUAAUACAUGAAAUACAGAUCAGGAUGACUUUUUCUUCAAUGUAGAUGAAACACAUUAAUUUUUUUAUAUAUCACACAUUAGGUAAUAUUAAUCCAAUGUAUUGUUAUAAGAGCUAAAAUGUACAAUAUAGUUUGUAUUUUCACAGCUAAGAUGAUUGAUC